AUGAAAUGUGAAGUUGAUGAAACAUUUCUUAAAAGUACAAAAAUUGAUGAAGAGAAAUAUAAGAACUAUAUAAAUUAUAUGUAUUAUUACCAUAAUAAUGAGUUAAAAAAAAUAGACUCUUCUUACUUUAAUGAUAAGUAUUUGGGUUUGUUUUUUGGUGCCUCAUGGUGUAAAUACUGUUUAACAUUUGUAGAAAAUUUGAAUAUUUUUAAAAAGAAUUUUCCUUUUAUUGAAAUAAUUUACAUACCUUUUGAUAAAACAUAUCAAGAUUAUUUAAGCUUUUUAAAGAACAUGAAUUUUUACAGUUUACCAUUUGACAAUUACUUGUAUAUUUGCCAAAAAUUUCAAAUAAAGAAUUUACCUUCUUUUAUGCUUAUUAGUCCAAAUAAUAAAGUUUUAGUAAAAGAUGCAGUUCAAUUAAUUAAAACAGAAACAUAUAUCAAUAAUUUAAAAUCCUUAAUAAAAAAUAAUACAAUACAUCCAAAUAAUUUCAAAUUUAAUAAUCGUUUUCUAGAUUUGUUUUAUAAUUAA